CCGGAGACUGAGCGAGCGGAGGCGCAGGCGGUGGCGGCCCGGCUGCUCCGCCUGGAGGCCCGCCUGGCGCGGGCGGAACGGCAGCUGAGGGCCGCGCUGGCUCUGCGCGGCCGCCUCCAGGCGCUGGAGCGGCGGCUGGAGACCGGCGGUGGUUGUAGCGGUAGCUGCGGCGGGGCCCCUCGGAUGUCAGCGAGGCGCGGGGCGGCCGGCGGCGGCCGGCGGGCAGCCCGGCCCCGGGCAGGGCAGGGCCCGGUGAGCCUGGAGGACGUGUGGCUGCAGUUCAGCGAGCGGGAGUGGCGGGCGCUGCGUGGCUGGCAGCAGGCCCUGCACCGGGCCGUUAUGCGGAGCAACUACCACAUGCUGCUCUCCCUCGGUAAGGGCCUGACCUCGACCUCCACCUCGAGCCGGGUGUGUGUGGUGAGGGUCGGAGAGGGAGGUGGGCAGGAAGAGGGUCGCUGCCCUGUCCCCGCUGGCCCUGUGCAAGCGGAACCUGUGGCUGCUCGUCAGUUCACCCCUCCUGCAGAGCCGGAUGCUCCCAGACGUGAUACCCAGGCCCGGUCAGAAGAUGGGAUCCAGCCGUGUGUUCAGAGCUGCGUGGGUGGGAAUGGGAGAGAUGAUCCUGUGGAGACUGAAGACACCAUAAUCCAUAUUAAGAAAGAGGAAGAGUUGGCCUCUGCAGAUCAGCAGGAAAGGGAGGCUGGAAAGGCUCCUGAAGAGCCCUCCCCGGCAGAGCAAGCGUUUUACGAGCCUGAGUCUUCAAAUCAGCCCAAGAAAGGCAAAGAGGUGCAUGCCAGGGAGCUGCCAGGUGUGGAGGGUGAGGACCUCGCAGGAAAUCCUGAUGGAUUUCAGACUUAUGCAACUGAUAUUUUAUCAUGGAUUAAGCAAGAAGAGGAGCCACGCUGCCCUGAACAACAAGACUUGGAGAAAGAGGUCUCUGCAGAUUCAAGCACAGUGCAUGAUGAAAACACGAAGAGGGACCCUCCAGCAGACUGCUUUGAAAGCACAGCACGUGACUCAGAGGUGCCAGGAAGACCUGGAGAGCAGUUUUCCAAGGAUCCUAGCCCUGGAGUGACAUGGAACAGUCAGUGGAAUUCAGAAAUGAUGGAAACAAACGCUGCUGGGAGCAGUCUUGGGGAUGACACUCAGCACACCCGAGGAUUUGGUGAACACUUGGAUUUCUUCAGCACUCAGGAAAACAGCGUCGGAAAGAGACCGUGCACGUACAACAAACGGGAGAGAAAUUCCACCCAGCAGGAACAUCUCCAGGCUCCCCAGGGAGCACAAGAAGGGAAUGUGUCUCCACACCUCAUGUGUGAGAGGACUGUCAAUGAAAGGGCAUUCUGUGUGCUGCACUCACAGCCAUGUGCUGCAGCUGAAAAAAGAGCCGGGCAGGGGCCUCCUUCUGCCUCGUAUGAGGGGCUACCCAUGGGGCCACAGCUUGCUGCCCAUCCCGACUGUGGACAGAACCCUGCAGGUGAACCUGGGCUUCAUGAGCACCAUGGCCUGGGUGGAGAGGAGCAGCCACCAGCAGAAAGCGAGGAGAACUUCCCUGCUGAAAACCCUUUGGCCAGCCCCUGCUGGGAUCACCCCCAGGACAAGGCGGAGGCCUGCAGCAGGUGCCAGCAGCACUUGGCACCACGGGGCAGCCCCGCAGGACAGCAGCAGAGCCAAGGCAGGGGCAAGUCCUACAUUUGCAGUGACUGUGGGAAAGGCUUCGUGUGCCAUUCAUGGCUUGUUAGGCACCAGAUGACUCACACGGGAGAGAGGCCAUACAAGUGCUCCGAGUGUGACAAAAGCUACCGACGAAAGGAUUACCUUCUAAACCACCUGCGCCGGCACUCAGGAGAGGGGCUCUUCCAGUGCUCCCUCUGCAGGAAGAGAUUUGUGCUCAGGAGGAGUUUCAUGAAGCAUCAGGAAACUCACUUGCAAGAAACACACCUGGCCUUGGCCAGUUGGCCCUGCACAGAGAUCAGGGGGGCUGUAAUGCACUCCAUAUAGAAAAUCCUACCCAGCUGGGGGGUUUGCAUCACCCUCAGCUGUCACCUUUGCUGGGCAGGGCCAUAGCAAGAUCCCCAUGCUCUGUGCUGGGCCAUGGCAGGAGGAGGCAGCUGUGGAACAGCCAUCUUGAGCCUGCUUCCAGGCAAAGCAAGAAGGCUGGGGAGUUAUUUUCCACAGAUGGUGUUGAAAUGGUGUGUGGAGCCAGUUCACUGCCCUUCAUCAGUGCCUGUUGCUGCUGGACACAUGAUGGAGCUGUCCUGGAAUUCUGCAGUGCUUAGAGUUACUGUUAGCUGUGAGUCCACACUGGAGAGAAAGCUCAUUGACACAGGGAACAUUCUGUAACACUUUGGGCUGGAGAAAGUCUACAGUGUUACCCCUAGGCUGCAGAGAGUCUGAAGAGUCUGGGGACUGGGCUGGAAAUGAAGUUGCUAACACUAAUUUUCCAGGUGGAGCAGUGUCAGGAAAGACCUACUUUUCUGACACAUGAGAAAGGAAGCGCUGGCCCUAUGGGUCUUUGGAAGAAGCCUCUUCAAGAGUGGCGACUGGGAUAGAGGGAUGCAGAGCACAAAAAGUAGCUUGUUCCCACAGUUAAAUCAUGGGGCUCAUGGGGCUCUGUGCUGCUGAACCCAGACUGUGAAUUCCUGAAGGCUGAGAUCCUCGCCUGGAAUAGGGGUUUGAUUUUGCAUAGCCUUAAAGAUGUGCAGCAGUUACUUUCCCUCCUUGUUGCAGGUCUUGUGUGUGUUCAGUUUGCCAAAUCCUGUGAAAGCAGACCCUUAGAUGCUUGUUAAACAUUCUCCUACAGAAAAAUGUAUUUUUGCUUGUCUUUGGUUCCUCUUAUCAGGCCUGUGAGGUUCUGAAGUGCCAUGGCACUGCAAGGACAUGAUUUAUUCUUUUCCAUGAUCCAAGCCUGGAUGUACCCAAUGUCACCAUGUUGAUGGUGUCACAAGCAAAAUGCAGAAGCAGCAGCACUGGCUGGAUUGGGAAGAGCCUGUUUUGGUUCAGGGCUCCAUCGUCACCAGACACACUUUGUUAAAGUCUUUUUUACGUGCAUGUUUCUGUUUCAGUUCUGUGAGGAUGGGUUUACGUCUGCUGAAAUGUCACGGUUUUUUAAAUUAAAGUUGU